GAGGAGGAAGAAGAAGAAGAAGAAGAAGACCCGGAUGUAAUCGCUGUCAUCUUGGGAGCAGAGAAGAUUAUUAUCUUCACCGGUUACCUACCGUUUGCGUCCAUCCUAGCAAGCACAAGAGCAGUUUAACUUUUCAGCCUGCGUAUUAUUGACGGUAAUAAUUUUAACUCUCUGUCGUGAGAGCAGCUGGAAGGCGGACGUAAUGGAACAGCUCGGUGACUGUUCGUCUGCGGAGCAAACUUUCUCCUCUCAGGCCACGCUGAUCGUGGAAAUGGCUGCUGCAUCAGCCGUGGCCGUUUUCCUGGAAGGCCAAAGGCAAGACGGCGAGGACAGACGGGCUCAGCUGAAUGGUGUCAUGAAACUGAUGGCAAAGGAGGUUGUUCGCAAGAUCUGUGUGGUCUUCAGAGAGCUAUAUAAAAAUGUGGAGAAGGAAAACAAAACCCUAAAGGGAACAGUGAAAAAACUGGAGACAGAGCUGAUGUCUUCAGACAAAAAGCAAUCAGAGACAGAGAAGAGUGUGAGGGGGAACCAAAAAAGCAAAUCAUCGGGUUGUAAAGUGCAAGACAUUUCAGACAGGACCACCUUAAUGCUUGAGCUCAAGCAGCCAACAUCCAAGCUUGCUUCAUUGCCUCGGGUUGUCUUGGAACCUCUGGUGUUUAUAAAUCACCCAGUCCAUGGCUCCAUCAUUGACCUAAGGAGUCCCACCUUGCAAGUCCUGUCAAAGAACCCAGACCAAGCUGCCACCAGUAGUACUUCCUGUUUAACGGUUGAGAGUCCAAAUGAGGUUUUGUUGGAAACUGACCAGCUCCCUCCAGAUUCUGAUUGCGCUCCAUGGAGCCCGUCCUCCUCUGACCCGACUUCACCUCCUGCACUUGAUGGACAUCCAUUAAGCAAGAAAACAGAUCUAUCAGUGAUGGCCACCGAAUCCACUCCUAUACUUGAAGCAGAAGCCCUUUUUGUUGAAGCUGAGAUGAUAAUAGAAAAUGUGGAAGAGGUUCCUGAAAAGCCAGCUGUCACCGACAGUGAAACAGCUCUCAGCAAAGAAGAAAAGAAGGAACUGGAGAGGAAGAAGAGGAGAGAGCAGUACAAAGAGAAGCGUUUUUUCUGUGAGGUUUGCGACAAAGGCUUCCAUCAGAAACACCAGCUGAAGAAACACUUAUCAUAUCAUCUGAAGCCUUUCCCGUGCCGCUUCUGUGACAAAGGCUUCUACAAGGAAAAGACUUUGCAGAAGCACCUUUUGACCCACCAGCUGAAAGAAGCCCAAGAAAAUGACCCUGAGAAGCUCCUGCACUGCGACCAGUGUGACAAGACGUUCAAACUUUUAAGGCAACUUCGAGUUCACAAAGCCUCUCAUAAACUAGAGAAGAAACCUUUGAAGUGCUAUGCCUGUGAUCGGACAUUCACGUCUACAAGCGCACUGAGGUACCACGAGGUCACACAUGCUGAGGUCAAGCCAUUUGUGUGUGAUUUCUGUGACAAGCGCUUCAUGAGGAAAAAGAGCCUGACUGAGCACCAGAGAACUCACACGGGUGCCAAGCCUUACCCCUGUACAGUCUGUGGUAAAAAGUUUUCUACUGCGAGCAACCUGGGCGUCCACAAGAGGUCCCAUUCAGAAGCGCGUCCCUUCAAGUGCUCCGAGUGUGAAAAGGCAUUCAAAAGUAAAAUGGGGCUCCUGCAGCACAAGAUUGUCCACUCUGGGGAGAAACCAUUUAUGUGCCAAACAUGUGGACUAAGUUUUGGCCUCAAGUAUAACUUCCAAAGACAUCUGCACAUCCACAGUGGAGAGAAACCAUUCAGGUGUGAUAAGUGUGGAGAGGGUUUCUCUGGAACCUGGGGGUUAAAGGCCCACAUGCUUGUCCAUGGGGUGGAAAAGCCUUUUAUGUGUGACCUUUGUGGCAAGACCUUUUUCUACAACUGCCAACUGCAGCGACACCAGCAUUGUGUGCACACCGACAAAACAGGAAGCUUGAAGGUCGGCAGUGGUAUGCAAAGGCGAAAGCCAACAGGAAUCAAACCAUUCCAGUGCAAGACCUGCCUGAAACACUUUAGCAGUACAUCCACAUUGAAAAUACAUGAGAAAAGCCACUCUGAAGUCAAGGACUUCACUUGCGAGAUAUGCGGCAAGUCUUUUCACGUCAGACACCUGUUCCUUCAUCACAUGAAGCAGCACAGCGGUGAGAGACCGCACGCCUGCAACUUCUGUGAGAAGGAUUUCCUCCUGCUGUCCCAGCUGAAGCAGCAUCAACUCAUCCACACCGGUGUGAAACCCUACAAGUGUGACCAGUGCGGGAAAGAGUUCCGGACAUCACAGAACUUCUACAGACACAAGUUGGUCCACACCGGCAAGAAACCCUACGAAUGCACCAUGUGCGGCAAAAAGUUCCGGCAGUCCAACCAGCUGAAGUCACACAUGCAGAUCCACACUGGGGUGAAGCUUUACUCCUGCAACCGCUGUAAUCGGGGCUUCUGUGACUCCAGGCAACUCAAGAAACACAUCUGUGGUGACAACAUUCAGAACUCAGGCGAGUCCAACAAGAUAAAGGAAGAGAUUGUUGUUUCAUGGCCGGAAGAGUUUUCCAGCACUUAACACAGGCAGUGUUGUUCAAUGUGAAGGUAUCUUAUUUUUAUAGUUCAUAUUAGAGCAACCUAAUGUUAACAUUUUCAAAAAAGUAACAUUGAUGAUAUGUUUGUUGAUCAGGUUUUUAUUUUCCUCUAAAUUUCUGAGGUGUUUUGUGUGUUCUUGUGCUCGUGUGAGCAUUUUCCUGAAAGCUUCCCAGUAAUGUGCUCUGGCAGUCAGGGGCUCUUUCUCAUGAGAGCAAUUUAACGACCUUUUCAGCCCUCCCCCCCACUUGGGGCAAAACAAUUUUACCCGGUCCAGGAUUUAAACAACUACACAAUCUUAUUGUAUGGAGCAAGCUAAAAACACUUAUUAUAAUCUACAUUUGAUGACACCAAAAAUGCAAAAAAAAAAAAAAAAUAUAUAUAUAUAUAUAUAUAUAUAUAUAUAUAACUGGAACUUUCUGAUAGCAUGGAGAAUCCCUGUAGGGGUAAGUGUGAACUUGUUUACCUCAGUAAAUGUAAAGAAUCAUGUUUAAACUCAGUUAUGUAGUUCGCUGCUUACCUUAACCUCUUCCCCAUUUGGUGGCACUGCUCUUAUACCAAGGUGGUGUGCUGAUUGACCAGAUAUGCCAUUGCACCACACAGGUACCAGUAUUUGUUCUCAAAAAGUAGGGAAUUGUCAAACUUGUUUGUUAGUAUCCAUAUAAAUCUGUUUCAUCAUACGGCCGAGUUCAAAAGGUUAACUAUAGAGUAGACGGGAAUGUUUUUCCAUAGUGCUUCUGCAAUGUUAGAUUUAAGAUAAAGUGAAAUUAAUACUUGUGCAUCUUAUUCCUAUUGUAUACUGUAUAUUGCAAUCUCUACUACAUUGAACAUGGUAUUAAAUGCAUACUGUCUUUGUUUAUCAAGGUACGAGUUAAGUACUAACAGCAAUCUGUUUUCUUGGCUUUCUGCACCUGAUACACUGACUGCAAUAUUCAUUUUCCAACUGAAAGUAGCUCUUCAUAGACGAACUCUGCCCUCAAAUCCAGUGAUGUCAUUCUACAUUGUUCCAUUUUAGCAAUACCUUUGUUCCUUUCUCUAUUGUUGCAGAGUCGAGACAUAGGAUUAGUACAAGGUAACAGUGACGCUUUGAGGUGAAUGUUUGCAUUUACUUUGACUGUCACUUUUGUUGAAUUAAUGUAUGCUGCAAGACAUUGGAAAUUGUAUAUUGUGUAGCUAACGGAAUAAAAUUUGCCAUAUUAGUAUAAUAA